GAGCACUCUACUUAUAAGCAUUUCGGCUAUGAAAUGAUGCACAAAAUUUGACGAAGAAAGGUUGAAAGCGAUUGUAAUAAAUGUUUUGGAUCUAGUCUAUUGUGUUUUUAGGAAUAUUAAAAAGAAAACACAGUUAUUUUACUACACUGUGUAGAUGUUUGAUGCACUAGAUUUGUUGGUGUCUAACUAACGGGAUAGACUUGCAUGAUGCGAGUUGAAAGAGCGUCCAGUUCAUCAAAAAAGAAAAUAUUAAAGACCUACAACUACAGCAGAACAGUGCACUCAGCAUCUACAGAUUUUCUUGAAGAUGAUUACUUCAAAAGGAUGAAUAAGACAGAUUAUACAUAUUCACGGAGUCCAAGUUACAGUAGGAAAGCAGAAAGUCCUUUUUACCAAAUUCCCAAUAUGUCUCGAUUACAUGUCGGAGACAGCAUGACCUCCAACACCAUCGGUGACUUGUAUGUAAGCUCUGAUGAGGAGGAUUACAUAACAGGAACGAGAACGUCCACCCGAACCGUGUAUGACGAUGGGAUCCUGCUUCGUUCAGGCAAUAGUUUAAAAAAUAAAAGGACUGUGAGAGAUGGGACUUAUGUGAGGAACAUUAAUAAGAAUGCUAAAGAGACUAGUUCAUCUCUGUAUUCGCUGAACACCAAUAUCAGCAAUGUUAGAGAGUCCAGGGGCACUGCCAGGAGUUCUCGAAUGCGAAGAUCCCAGGCCUCGGACCAUGUUACUAGCACCAAUCAGAUAUCUGAGAUGAGGUCUUCCACAAGGUCAUCAUCUGCUUCAAUGUCAUCUAUGUCAAAGUCUUCAAAAUCAUCUAUCAUGGAUUCCUUGCAGAAAACUUUAUCCAGCGAGUUUGAUGAUUCGGAAAUGGAGAAGGGAAUGAAGGAAACCCAGAACUCUAGCAGAAAAAUCAAGCUAUAUGGCUUAGAUCAAGUUGAUUCAGAGAUGUCAGGGAUGGAAUCUGAAGUAGAAUUCACCGGGACCAACAUGUCUGCCUAUGGCUCUGACUCAUCUGCAGCAAGGAAGCGUUUGUCAAACUCCCAGUCUGAAACUAACACGAAUUCAGAAUCAUCGUCAUCGGUAAUGACCACCACUACCACCACCACAGUGACUACCAUCAUAGAAUCCAUUGCUGGAAAACCUGUGUGGCAAAAACCAGUCUGGUUAAUGAGGAAUGGUAUACGGCGAAUUUUCAACAGUUGUGGUUUUGUUACAAGGAGAAUUCUAUCAACUGCUUUCUCUGUCAUUGUGCAAAAGUAUAUCUGGGAAUUAGGGCUCUUCUCCAGGAUGUCCAGACAGUCCCGUCUGUGUUGUAUCAUCUUGCCUUUGUUACUGCUUUUACCAUUGUUAAUAUAUACAGUUUACCCAUUCACAAAACCGGUAGCUUUUACAGAUUCACAGGAGAAAGACUCUCAAAAUUUAUCAGGGAUGGAAGGACUAAGUCACCAAGAACUCAAUGAAGAGGUGAGAAGAAUUAUCCUGCAGCUCUACCAGGGAGGAGAAAAAUCUGUAUCUAAAACGGAAGAAGAGAGAUUGAUGGCCUCUCUGGCCAAUCAGAAGAGCUCGAUGAAGGAAACAGCAACCAUACAGGUGGAAAAGAUCAACGUAACGGAGGAAAUUCUGAGAGUCUUACAGCAGCUUAAUGUGAGGGGGGACGCCCUCACUGAGGGAGACAUCAGGGCUAUUGUUGGUCAAGUAGUGCAGCAUGAAGUCACAGGGUUACAAAACCAAAUCAAAGAGCAAUCUAAAGCACAGAUGUCAGGAACAGAGGAACACAGUGAAAGGAUUCUGAUGUUACAGAAUGAUCUGAGAACAAGUGUUACCAAUCUUGAACAGAAGUUGGGAGAAGAACUGGACAGGAUGAAAAGUCAGUCGGUACUUGACAGUGACACCCUGACAGUGGAAGCCUCGGCCAGGCUCCUACAGAUCCAGGGGAACCUGUCCUCAAUCCAAGCCCGUCUAGACAGCCUGGAGCUGGAGAAGCAGUGGUUAGCGGCUCAGCUGAAGAACUGCUGUAGGAAUGAGAGCUUCUACAUGACUCUGGUACAGGACAAGGUCAACCUCAUCCUUGGACAGAUAAUGUCAGGAAAUGACUCUGGUAGUACUGACCAGUAUGUGUUUGGAGCAUGGCUAAACUCAACAUUUAUUAGAAAAAGUGAUUUUGAGAAACACAAGGCAGAGUUUGGUCAAGAACUGAGUGAGAAAAUACUACAGGAAAUGUCUAGGACAGAGGCUAUUGGUGUGAAUGUAUCUGGGGGACAGUAUGGAUUGACAGAGAAGGCUGUGAUGCAGAUUGUGAGUGAAGCUUUAGAUAAGUUUAGUGCAGACAAGAUAGCCCUGCCAGAUUUUGCUCUGGAGUCUGCAGGAGGCAGUAUUAUAAGUACAAAAUGUUCCCAGACAUUUCACAAAAACACAGCUCGUUUAAGUAUCCUGGGGAUUCCCCUUUGGUAUGUGUCCAACUCACCUCGCAGUGUCAUCCAGCCUGAGAUGCAGCCGGGUUCCUGUUGGGCCUUUCAGGGCAGUAAAGGCCACCUUGUGAUAGAACUGUCAGCCAACAUCACUCCCAGCGCUUUCACGCUGGAGCACAUUCCAAAGUCCCUGUCGGCCGAUGGGAAGAUCGACAGUGCCCCCAAAGGCUUUACCGUCCUGGGUUUACGCAGUGAAAAUGAUGUGGUAGGAGUACACAUAGGAAACUUUACCUACCUGGACUCUGGGCCACCUCUACAGACCUUUAAAAUACAGAAGUCCAAUGUUGGUGCCUACAAAUUGAUCCAACUGAGUAUUUUGAGUAACCAUGGAAAUCCUUUGUACACGUGUCUCUAUAGAUUCCGAGUGCAUGGUGUACCGUACAAACCACCAAAACCAACCAAAAAGUCAGCAGGGUGACAAUGGAGUUCUCUGGUGAAAAAAAACUUCUCCUGUGUACAUGGUCUCUCAAGGAGUGAAUCUUCCCGCGAAUGACUUUUCAAGGAGUGGAUCUUCCCACGAAUGACUUUUCAAGGAGUUGAUCUUCCCAAGAAUGACUUUUCAAGGAGUGGAUCUUCCCAAGAAUGACUUCUCAAGGAGUGGAUCUUCCCACGAAUGACUUUUCAAGGAGUGGAUCUUCCCCAAGAAUGACUUUUCAAGGAGUGGAUCUUCCCAAGAAAUGACUUUUUUCUGUGAUAAACACUCUCUUGGUGAUUUUUUUUAUAAUUUAGGUGAUGCCUUACUUUCCUUAUAUUAAAAUUUGCAAAACAUUAGCAAUCAAACCAAAGUGAUGGCCACCGGUAAUCAUUGGCCACAUUUUUAAGUGUUUACAAAAGGUUGUACCAAGUGCAUAAUGAAUUACAUGUGAGUACUUAUGAUGAAUUACAUGUAACUGCAUAAUUUAGAGCUGACUUUGGAGUGUUUCGUUCGCCACCCAAGCUGUGUUCAGUCGUUGUCGUGGGUAUAUACAAUAUUUUGUUGUACAUUAAUUUAUGUAUUUUUUUAUUAUUCUUUUUUAAAUUAACAUGCUUUUUGUAUUUAAUGCUGACUAUUAGAUUGAAGUAGUAUGAUUUUUUAACGUUGAUCCUAAGACAAACUACAACAGUUUCAAUAGCUAUACAUGUGUUCCAAAACAAUUUGUAUUCUACAUCUGUUAGUUUUUGAAAGUAUAGUUUUGAAUUUAGUUGGUUCAUAAUUGAAAUUUUAUCCAUGGAUUUAUCAUGAAACAAAAAUUGCCUGGUGCCUCAUGUCUCAGGGUCUUCAAUGAAUCUCAAACAGAAAAUGAAUGUGUUCCUGUAGAAAAUGUACUUCAGUUUGUCAUCCAGGUUUAUAGUACUUAGUCAUACUUGCCUCCAUCUUUCAUGUAAAUCAAAGAAUAUAUACCACAACUGUGUGUGUAUGUGCAUUAUUGUCCUUGCCUUGCGUACUGUAGAUUACUUUUAUUUUGUGAGACUUUAUUUUUGCGUGACUACAAUGAUGUAUUUAUUCACAAGACAUAAUUAUUGCAAAUUAUUAUUCAUUGCUUAAAUCUUCUAUGUAUAAGAGUUUAUUUACUAAUGGUAAGUCUUGUGAAAUUAUGCAUAAAUAAUGUUCUUGCAAAUGAAGUGUGAUUUACAGUAUUAGAAAAUGAUAAUGAAAUGGAGUGCACCAUUAAAUACAUGUUUUGUAGAAUACCAGUAUUUAAGAUUGCAUAUUAUUUCAUCCAAGUUGAAAAUGAAUUUAUUGACUUGGGCAAAAAGAAUGAUUGUGAUCUUCAAGGAAAAACAAAGAAUUUUUUAUGGUUACAAGUACAAAAUUUAAUAAUGAUGUAUACAGAAGUAAGGAAAAGAAAAUUUACAAUGGAUGAAGAAAGGACACUCUCUUUCUCAUAGAAAUAUCCUGAAAAAGUACAGAAUUUUUUAUUAUUUGAAGAAACUGAAUAAAUUACAAACAAAUGUG